CUCAUUAGGAAUUUCCCAUGCUGAGAAACCAAUAACAGCGUACUUUUACCAUGGACCUGCCACAGGCCACUCUGGAUGUACAGAUACACACGGUAUAUCUAUAGUGACAACUGGAUCAAGACAGAGCUAAACUAGUCAGGAGAGAUAACGUAUUGAAUCCAUCUUUGCGGCAGACUUAAAGACUGAAACUCAUGGCGAGCAGAAGAAGCUACUCGUCUGAUUCAGGCGAAGAUGAUCAGGUCGGGGCCCUCGCUGGGUGUCUAUCCAAACUGCAAAUGAAAUCUAGUUCCAGCAAAGACUCCGAGAGUCAGGAAGCACCGGUACCCUCAGUCCCGGCCUUCGAGGAUCCGGAGCGUUCAACCCGGCUUCAUGCGGACGCCAAAGCAGCCUAUGAAGAGGAUGGACUCUUCUUCGAUCCGUCCAAUUACCCCGAGGAGGAACGCCUGGAGUUGCUCCAGAAGUUUUUCGAAACUAGUGCCCCAUCAAAAACUAAACGGUCUGAUGGAAUUGGUUGGAUUACUGUACGAUCUCCAAGCUUUGUAGAUGAAGGACUGGGUGAUGAUACAGAAGGACUCCAGGCUGCAUGGGAAGAAUUGACUAACUCAUCUGAUACAAUCGACUUCCAAACUGUCAAGAAACUGGCUCUAAAAUAUAGGUGCCUGAGCGGUAUUUGGCUUCUGUUUUUCACCACCGGGACAAGAAUCGACGAGGCAUGGGAAAAAAUCGCCAAGGUCACGGUGAAAGACAAGCUGGGCACGCACGCCAAAGUGACGCCGUUGGAAGACGUGGGUGAAGGCAAGGCACUCCAUGGGCAAGAGCACGCCGUGAGUGUCUACACUAGAGACUUCACUGAUAAGGCUGAUGUGAUGAAGAUGGAAGGAAAACUACGUGAUCUUGGUAUGCGGGGUUUGAUGACUUACAAGCCAAGAUUCUACUCAAUUAUUGGUGUGUAUGCACAGAAUAAAUGGAGACUGCGACCGAGUAUCUACUCGUCGCGCUGGGAUGAAGUGAACAAUGAAGCGUCUGUAAGAGAUAAAACCAUCAGCUACCAGACAAAGAAAGCUUAUAGAUAUUAGUGAAGAAACAAAGCAUGCACAGCAGUUGUUUUUAAAGGCACUGGACACUUUGAGCAAUUACAAUAAUAAUAAUAAUUAUGCACAUCUCCAACGCAUUUCAAAACAUAAGUAAACCACCUUGGAGCCAGUUUUCAUGAAAUAACUAGACAGCGAAGCUGCCAUGGCGAGCUGCCGAUCGCCAGAUAGAACCAAUGACUGACAGAAAAACCAAUCAUUUGAUCAACUGAUGGUCACAGGGGUGGAUACAUUGACAAGUAUGAAGUUAAGACCAUUUAAGGUUUUCAUCUUUUCAUAUUAUCUACAUGUAAGCAGCAAUAUGUGAUUGAAGUUUUAAAUCUGUACAUCAUUGCAAUAAAGAGUGAUGACCAUUUAAAGGGACACGUUGCCUUGGAUCGGACGAGUUGGCGGUAUA